CCGGAAAAGCAAAAACCCUAAAGCGACUAAACCCCUCCCCCAAGCUUUCGUACCCUUUUUUCUGGCUCCUCUCCUCUUAACUUUCUAGACGGUUUAUUGUAUCUCCGUCGUUUAGAACAGGUAUUAACAAGAUGAAUCUCAACAAUGUUAAGGUUCCUAAGAUGCCUGGCGGUGGUGCAGCUUCCGCUUUGAUUAAGUUGGGAGUGGUGGCUGGUCUUGGUGUGUAUGGAGUUGCUAACAGUCUCUACAAUGUUGAUGGUGGACAUCGUGCAAUCGUGUUCAAUCGUAUUAUUGGUGUUAAAGAUAAGGUUUAUCCAGAAGGGACACAUUUCAUGAUCCCUUGGUUUGAAAGGCCGGUCAUUUAUGAUGUUCGUGCACGUCCUCAUCUAGUGGAGAGCACUUCAGGAAGUCGUGACCUUCAGAUGGUCAAAAUUGGUCUUCGAGUUCUCACUCGUCCUGUUCCGGACCAACUACCCACUGUUUACCGAACACUUGGUGAGAACUACAAUGAAAGGGUCCUCCCUUCCAUUAUUCAUGAGACUUUGAAAGCUGUGGUUGCUCAGUACAACGCAAGCCAGCUCAUCACCCAGAGAGAGAAUGUUAGUAGAGAAAUACGCAAGAUUUUGACAGAGAGAGCAGCUAACUUCAACAUUGCGCUAGAUGAUGUGUCAAUUACCAGUCUGACUUUUGGAAAGGAAUUUACGGCCGCAAUUGAAGCAAAACAGGUGGCUGCUCAAGAAGCUGAGAGGGCUAAGUUUGUUGUGGAAAAGGCUGAGCAAGACAAGCGAAGUGCUAUAAUUAGAGCUCAGGGUGAGGCUAAAAGUGCCCAGCUCAUUGGUCAAUCAAUUGCCAACAAUCCAGCAUUUAUCACGCUUAGGAAAAUUGAAGCUGCAAGAGAAAUUGCGCAAACUAUGUCACAUGCAGCCAACAAGUUGUACUUGAGCUCAGAUGAUCUGUUGCUCAAUCUUCAGGACUUGAACUUGGAUAGCGCUGGAAAAAGGUGAAAUUUUGAUACUACCAAAUAAAACAGUUCCUGUUUCAACAUUUCAUGUUAUUCCCCAAACGUGUUAAAUUGUGGGGACGCUGCAACUUGUUUUUGCAUAGUGACUGAUCAAACUUCUCAGUUUCUUGGACUGAAUAGGGACUCCUUUGUCUUAGGGACUUGGUGUCAAAGGAAAGCCCUUGUCCUGUUUUGGAUGUUAUUAAAACGUUUAUUAUGCACCAAAAGAAACAAACAGAAUUAUACCCGGUGUUUUCCUCUCA